CUAGUUUCUGAUUUCCCCUCAUUUGCCCCAAAAUCUGCCGUUGAAAUUUUCAUCCAAUGGACAGCUGCAAGCAAGCUCAGUCCUCCCCGUACCCUCCCACUUCUUCUGUUACCCAACCUUCCGCCAUCGCCGUCACUCCGCCGGCGCCCUUCCACCACCUCCUCCAGCAGCAGCAGCAGCAGCUCCAAAUGUUCUGGUCUUACCAGCGCCAAGAAAUCGAGCAGGUUAAUGACUUCAAGAACCAUCAGCUCCCUCUCGCUCGCAUCAAGAAGAUCAUGAAAGCCGACGAAGAUGUCCGUAUGAUCUCAGCUGAAGCCCCCGUUCUCUUCGCCAAGGCUUGCGAGCUUUUCAUUUUGGAGCUUACUAUCCGUUCUUGGCUUCACGCCGAGGAGAACAAGCGACGGACGCUUCAGAAAAACGACAUCGCAGCGGCUAUUACUAGGACCGACAUUUUCGAUUUCUUGGUGGAUAUUGUUCCCAGGGACGAAAUCAAGGAUGAGGCUGGUUUGGGUGGGAUGGUGGGUGCCACCGCUAGUGGAGUUCCGUACUUUUAUCCUCCCAUGGGUCAGCCUACCGGCGGUCCUGCUGGCCCUGGUGGGAUGAUGAUCGGGAGGCCAGCCGUCGACCCCACCGGUGGUAUGUAUGCCCAGCCACCCUCGCAGGCUUGGCAGAGUGUUUGGCAGACGGCGGGGCCUGACGAUGGGUCGUAUGCAAGCGGAGGUAGCGGCGGUCAUGGAAAUCUUGACGGACAAGGCUAAGCAAGUCAUUGGUCCGAUGCGGGCGUUCGAUGGUGUGGCAAAUCGUGUGAUGCUGUUGGGUAAUCAAUUGGGAAUUUUGGUUGCUUGUGAUUUAUGAAUGUGAACCUGUCUGCCAUUGUUUCUGGAAAGCUACUUUUUAAAUGUUAUUUAUUUAGAAAAAGACCCAUAACUAAUUUAAGUGCAGCAAAACAAAUAGGCUUGUGCUGCUAUGACUUUACCUAAACAAAAUCUCUUCUAAUGCUGUGCAGUUCUGGGAUUUAAUUAGCUCAUUUGUUGUUGUGCUUCUGAUAUAUUUUCAUAUGAAUGAACAUAAUUUUCAAGUC